GUAGUCUCUGCCAAGGAUGUAAACAAAUCGAACACAAAUCGAAGAUGGAGAAUUUUCGGCCGCAGUUUCGUUUAUGAAAUUGAGCCUAAACCCGCUAGACUGACAUGAGGAUGACUUGUGUGAGUGGCGGAGGCGGCGACGGCGACCAAGGAAGGAGGAGGCGCCUGUCCUGAUGGGAGGAGUGCUGGCGAAGAGGCAGGGGCCAGGGGGUGGCGGCGGCGGCGGCGCCAGGGCCCGCACGGUGCUUCCGCUACGACACCGACACAGCUUCUCUGAGCAAUUCAGCAUUGUGGACAUCGCAACAAACUUGACCCAUCGCUUCUCUGUUUUAAGUGGCCUUUCUGUCAUCUCCUUUGUCUCUGCACCUGCCAAUGAGUCCAACCGGCGACCAUGGUCCAGAGUAUCAAGGAAAAGAUGGCACCAGUCAACUCUUGAGAAUGAGUAUGCACACAGCAAAACUGUGUGGCCAGUAGCCCAGACUGAAGCCCUCUUUCUCCCAGAAUUCCCUGUAGGCAUAGAGGAAAAGCUGAAACUAAUUUUCUUAGGUGAAGUUAGCAGAGGAGCAUUUGGACAGGUAUUCCAUGUUAAAUGUGCCACUACCAACAAGGAGUACGCCAUGAAAGUCCUCUCAAAAUCGCAGGUGUGCAGUUUGGAUGCGGUGGGUCAAGUGAAGCAAGAAGUGAUGAUCCAGCACGUGUGUAGUCAUCAUCCAUUCAUCACUCCACUCAUACACUUCUGGCAAACACGGAAGCUGCUUCUCGUCAUGACAGAAUUUGUUGGUUAUGGAGAGCUGCAGCAGCUGUGGCGAUCUCUGGGCCGCCUGCCAGAAAACCUUGUCAAGAUCUAUUUAGCACAGAUUGCACUUGCACUUGAUUUCUUGCACAAUGCGGGUAUAAUCUACCGAGACCUCAAAAUGGAGAAUAUACUUUUAGAUGCUGAUGGUCACAUCAAAAUUAUCGACUUUGGCCUGGCCAAGUGGCUUAGUUACGGUGGACGAACAACCACUAUAUGCGGCACUCUUCAAUUUAUGGCUCCGGAGGUGUUGCGAGGAGAAGAAUAUAAUCAUAGUGUAGACUGGUGGUCACUAGGCAUCAUCACCUAUAGCCUCCUAGCUGGACAGUACCCUGUCAGUGGCUUUGAUGAUCACCUGACAAUGAACUUGGCUGUGUCUAGGUAUGAGUAUGAGCCUCCAGAUUGUGCCUCUGGUGCUAUGAGGUCGGUAAUUAGUAGUCUACUGCGUCGUGACCCCAUGGCUAGACUUCACUCCUUCUACCAACUGCAGCGUGAAGAGCUCUUCCAAAAUUAUGAUUUUGACGAAGUGAAAGAUAAGAAGGUAUCUCCUAGGAAGAUACUUGAAGAAUAUAUAGAAAGUAAAACCAGGCGGAGUUUUCAUGAUUUUGUUGGUUUGACAAGUACUCCCAAGAAGGUGGCUACUGGUGUAAAUGAAAUAAAUAUCAGUCAUCACACUAUAUAUAAUUCCCCAACUUCUUCUCUUCUAAAGCCACCCAACAAAGAUCAGAGCUGUUGGCGACCAGGCCAGCGUUCAGCCAGUUCGCCAUUGCUCCAUCCUGGCAGACUAGGUCAUCAUGAUUCUUUAGUGAAAAGUGUUUCAGCUAGUGGUCAUAAUGGUGCUGCUGUUCCCUUACUGCAGAGUCCCCUGCUGAGGUUAGCUCGGGGUCAGGGUGGACCUCCUCCACGGCGAGUACGCUCACAAGGAGCUGUAAGUGCUAGUGCUCUGCCCACGGCGGUAUCUCCUUUACUGGUAAAUGUUCGAGGGCAGAGAAGACCACGAUGGACGGCAUGGGAGGAUGAAGAGCAGGUUGGUGCAGCAGCUCCUGCAGAAAAUGUUGCCUCCAGUGUUAUUAGUGGGAUGAAUGGAGUGUACAAGAAGUGUGCUAGUGAUGAGUUUCUUACUGGUCAAAGGAAACUAAAGGAGAGCCAGGCAGGUUUGCCAAGAUCUCGUACCAGCAAGAGUGCAGCUCGCCAGUCUCAGCCUGAUAGCGCACACUUGACACAAACCUUUCUUGAACAGUGUGAAAACUUAAAGGAAGAAUUUUUCUGUGAUUUGGUUACAAGUACGCCAAAGAAAUGUAGCUUCAAUAGUACUGGAAACUUGCGCCAUAGUUAUCACCAGGCUGUGAAUUCUGAACGGCAGAUUGGUAAAAACAAUUUUAUUAAUGGUGCUUUGCUAUCCAAUAAUAAUAAUUUUAGUCCACUUGAUGAAAAUGACUUUGAUGAGACAUUUGAUAAUUUUCCAUGGAUAAGCGAGUCAUUAGAUCCAUAGGUUUAACAAACUUCCUGAAAGUUCAAGAAAUAGUUAAAUAUUUUCACCUAUUAUGUACAAUGGAAAAGUAAUAUUGUGUGUCAUUGACUGAUAAUUCAUGUGCCAUGUUUUGAAGUUCUUUUGUGUGUGCUAAAAUAUAUAUAUAUAUGUAUGUAUAUGUGUGUAUGUGUGUGU